GUUGCAAAACUUUUUCCUUUUUCAGUUUAUAGCAAUUAACCAUUACAUAAAGAAAAAUAUUUAUCCCAAUUUUACUGCGGAAGCUCUUAGGUAUAUAACUGCAAGAAAUAUUUAAUUAAUGAGCAAUUUGAAUUUAGACCACUGUUGCCAAAAGACUGCGGAAAAGUAGUCGGAUGUAAACUAAAAAUGGGGGAAGUUGGUAGGCAAACAGGAACCUACCUACAGACCUAUGUCACUGAAACAUUACCAGAUGAAGAGGAUAACAAAAGUCUUGGCAAUGAAGAGAUCACCGUUGAUGCAGUACAAUCUACAAGGUCUGAGAAGUCAGUUAGAUUUGGAGAUGGCACACCUGAUAGCGAAAAAACAGACAGAGCAGAGCUGAAGAUUAGUGUUCCAGCUAAUAGGAGUUUAAGUACUGAACUAGUCCAGGCAACAGAAAGAGGUGAUACAUCUGCUGUAAAGAAAGUUCUGCGUUCCACAAAUGUUAAUCCAGAUCUGAAAUGGAAGCCUGAACAACGUAGUCCCCUGCAGAUGGCAUGUGGUUAUGGUCAGCACACCGUUGUUGAGGAAUUAUUGACGGCUGGUGCAGAUGCCAAUCAAAUAGACAAUGGUGGAAGGACACCCCUGCACGAGGCAUGCCAGGGGGGACAUGCAAGAUGUGUUAGUCUUUUACUGGAGUAUGUCCAAGACUUUGAUCGCCAAGAUCGUGAUGGGCAAAGUGCUGUCCAUAUAGCUGCAUUCCAGGGUGAACUGAAAUGCCUUGUGUUGCUGGCUGAUAGAGGAGCACAGUUAAUAUUGGAGGAUAGCAAAGGUCGACAGCCCUCCCAUUUGGCAGCUAUGAGAAACCACAAGAAAGUUUUAGAGUUCUUAUUUGAGAGAGGUGUGGACUUGGAGUGUACUGAUGACCUAGGAAAACUCCCCCUUCAUUGUGCUGCCCAGUUUGGAGGCAUCGAAAGUGUAGUAAGCCUGCUAGAGAGAGACUCAGAUCUGACACUAGGGGACAACAUGGGCAAUCUUCCUGGUCACUACGCAGCUUGGCAUGACAGACUGGACUGUUUGAGGUUUCUAGUGAAGCAGGGAACAUCUCUGAUAGCUACCCAGGGAGAGGGGAAAACACUGGCCCAUGUUGCUGCCUUACAUGGGGCUGUCAAUGUACUCCACUGGCUGUAUGAGAAGUCUGUGGAUCCCAAUAUUAAAGACAUGUAUGGGUGCACUGCGGGUCAUUAUGCAGCAGAAGCAGGGAAAGCUGACUGCUUUAACUGUUAUCUACAACAUGACGGAUCCCUUGACAUUGAGAACAACAAAGGAGACACACCAAUGGCUUCUGCAAAAAGAGGAGGACAUCCCCUACUCAUGGAAAAAGCUAUAAAGAACGAAGCUGCCUGUCCACUAUGUGUUAAAACCUACAAAAGAGUAGAAUGGGAAAGGGCCAACCAACCUCCCCCAGUAGUGAGAGAGAUUACAUCUACAAGUCGGGUGGCCUAUACAUCCCCUUUGCCAAAACAGCAGAAGCCACCCACAGAACUACAACAAAGUCUUGCCAGGCAUGGAUACAACUUGAAACAAGUGCCGAAAUCAAAGCUCCCUACGAGAGACCUUGCUGCCCGAUACUUUGGAGACCAUAUACAUGAUAAACUAUAUAAGCUAAACCUGGAUUAAUUUGAAUUACACUGGAUCCCCUUCAGCUAGUCUCAUGACUUAGAUGUAGCCUUAUAUGGAAUAUACAUAUGUAUAUGUCAGUUACUCGAGCCUUAGACUCAUUUGAUCUUCGGCAACCAUAUGGCGGCUGUAGCUUCCCAAAAUCAAGAAAUAUGUAGCAUAAAAUAUAGGGAAAACCAG